GACCUGGCGCCGGUUGGCGCAGAGGCGUGCCAAUCUCCUCCCGCGCCCCGCCCCGCCCUCUCAGGUAGCCCGGAAGAUGGCGGCGGAGAGAGGCGCUGUCGCCGCUGCUGUCGCCGGUGCGGACGGCUGGGCUGCGUGAGGCGAGCGGGAACAUUCCCCCCCCCCGCUCCCACCCUCCUCCUUCUGCUGCUGCUUCCGCUUCUUUAUCGCUGUUUCGGCGGGGACCGAUGCCGGGGUCGGCCUUGCCGCGAGGGCUGAGGGGAGACGCGGAGGGCGCCGGCAGGCCUGGCGGCGGGCGGCGCUGAGGGCGCGAUGUGGGGCAGGCGCCGGCGGCGGUUCCGGGGGGCCAGCGGGCGGCUGGACCGGCCUCUGCCCCCCUGGCUCGGCCUCCUCUUCUUCUGCUUCCUGUCGGCGUUGCUGGGAGGCGGCGAAGCGGCUCCUCUUCCGCAAGCAGGUGCAGGGGAAGCAGCAGCGACUGAAGUUCCCUUUUCGUUGGUGAUUAUUUCUGCCUGCAGCCUUGUAGGCUUGGUACUUCUGCUUGUGAACUGUGUAUCCUGUUGUAAAGAUCAAGAGAUAAACUUCAAGGAAUUUGAAGAUAAUUUUGAUGAUGAAAUAGACUUUACACCACCUGCAGAAGACACCCCAUCUGUCCAGUCCCCAGCCGAAGUGUUCACACUUACAGUUCCCACUGUUUCUUUACCAGCUCCAUCACAGUUCCAGCUUCCUACAGAAGGGUUGAAAUCCCAAGUCGUCCGUCAAAAUCUCAACUAUAUCCAAGAAAUUGGAAAUGGCUGGUUUGGAAAGGUUUUGCUUGGAGAGGUUUACACAGGCUCCAGCGUGGCCAGAGUUGUUGUGAAGGAGCUGAAAGCAAGUGCCAGUUCCAAGGAGCAAGAACGAUUUUUGAGGCAUGGAGAGCCGUACUUAAUUCUUCAGCAUCCAAACGUCCUCCAGUGUACAGGGCAGUGUGUGGAAGCCAUUCCCUAUCUUUUGGUAUUUGAGUUUUGUGACUUGGGUGACCUAAAAACGUACCUUUGCAAUGAACAGGAGAACAUUAAAGGAGAUUCCCAAAUAAUGCUGCUACAGAGGAUGGCGUGUGAGAUUGCAGCUGGACUCUGCAUAAUGCAUAAACAUAAUUUUGUCCAUGGUGACCUAGCCUUACGCAACUGCUUCCUUACAUCCGAUCUAAACGUAAAAGUGGGAGAUUAUGGAAUAGGAUUCAGUAGGUAUAAGGAAGAUUAUAUUGAAACAGAUGAAAAGAAGCUUGUGCCUCUUCGAUGGACUGCACCAGAACUGGUGACUAGCUUUCAGGACAGACUGUUAACAGCUGAGCAAACAAAGUACAGUAACAUCUGGUCACUAGGCGUAACACUAUGGGAGCUUUUCAGCGGUGCUGUGAAGCCUUACUCACAUUUAUCUGAUGAUGAAGUCCUGGUGCAGGUCAUAAAAGAGAAGCAGACUAAGCUUUCGGAACCUCGUCUUGAGCAGCCAUAUUCUGAUAGAUGGUAUGAAGUUUUGCAGUUCUGUUGGCUGUCUCCAGACAAGAGAGCAACAGCAGACGAAGUGCAUAAGCUCCUAACGUAUCUCCGUAUGCAAAGUCAAAGGGAUUCGGUGAUUGAUCCUGAACAGUGGAAUGAUCUCAAGCCUGAUUCUUCAAACAGAGAGUCCUCUGGUAACUCUGCCUUUCCAAUCCUGGACCAUUUCACAGGCAACAGGUUUGGCCGUGAGAUGGAAGAAGUUCUCACGAUAACUGAAACAAGUCGAGGGCUCAACUUUGAAUGCAUCUGGGAAGCAGCCAAACAAGACCACUUUGAAUGCGGCCAGGAAAAUCCUGAUGAGGGAAUGACUUACACCAAUAUCUUCUUCCCAGUGGAGGUUUUUGAGAGCACACUUACGGAGCAAGGACCUGGGAAUCAGGUUGAAAGUGGGCAAGAUGUGCUUCGUGUCCCUGGGGAACUUCCCGUGUUUAAUGCCCAAAAGCCUUCUGUUGGAAAUGAUUAUUACAUCCAGUUAGAAGAGAAGAGCAGAGACAAUAGUGUAAACUUUGAUAACCAGGAUUCUAUAUUGAUGACUGACAUGGACAGUCAUGCAGUUGUAAAGGACAAAAACUCUCACUUCAUAGUUCUUGGGGACUUUGCUGCUGAAUCCAGUACAGAUAGGGACUCUUUCCAUUACAGUACAUAUCCCAAGGAACAGGAUUUCAAUGUUCAUUGUCCUGAAAGUCCUUUCCAAGAUAUAUUUAGUGAUAUUGACAGAAUGGAACAAUUUACAGAUAUGAGAAAUAGGUUUGAGUUGGCUGAUCUAAAUGAUAUUCAUGUCGAGCUUGAAGCAGUUUCAUAUUCAGGUCUUGAGGGGACUGUAGUUGAUCAGCUCCAGAAGGGAAGUCCCAAACUUGCUUCUGAAAGGGAAGUUGUUUGCUUGCAGGAGGAUAUCAUAAUGCAGUCUGAUCCUAGCUUACUUACUUCAGAAGAGCUGUCGGAUAACUUUCUUUUCCUUCAAGAGAAUAAUUUACUAAAGGGGGCACUGAGUAACAGAACUGGUGGUGGUGACUUAAAAGGAGCAUCUGACAACACAAAAAUGCUAGAUCCACCAAAUACAGACUCUCUGGGGGUUGGACUUAAAAUGGCUGGGAAUUCUCCAGUCCAUGAAGACGAACAUUUUGUGCAAAUGAGCACAAAUAAAAACAAAAGUAUUCCGUCCCAGCCCCUUAUGCAAGGUCAAAUGUCUCCCAGGUCACCUGCGGUGGAUAAGGAGCAGGUAUCCCCCUUAUCCCCCUUAUCAGGAACUGAAAAACCCUCUCCUAACAUAGAAGUUAAUGAUAACUCUGCCUGCAGUAUUGAUUACUCUUCUUACCUUGACAUGGAUCAAGUCUCUGAUGCUUGCUUUAAUGAAACGUUAUCCAUGAAUGCCAAAAACCAAACUAAUGGGAGUAGCCCCUGUCAUAGCAUUGCACUCUGUGCUCAAGAGGAAGAAAGACAGAAGAAUAAGCAUGAAGUUAAAUGCAAUAGUAGUUGUUGGGGGGAGCUGAUUGAGGAUCUGAAGAAUAAGCCAUCUGGAUUAGAGCAAGGUGAUGAGUAUAUUCUGGAGCCAACUGACGAAACUUUAACAGAGGUUCAGAAAUGUAACAAAGAGACCCCGAUCAAAGACAUUGCGCUUUCGUCUGUCCUUCCUUCAGACCGUACAAGUCACGACAGUCUACUGGAGGACAGCUUAUCAGCUCCCACACAGAGCAUGGGGCAGUCUAUUGAUACACCGGACUCAUUGGAUUCAUUAGAUGUUAUUGAGGUCUUAGAGUCUUUAGUGGGUCAGAGCCCCCAGAAACCUUUGCCACCUGAUAAACCUGCUGACAGUGGCUAUGAAACUGAAAACCUGGAGUCUCCUGAAUGGACUUCACACCUUGUUGGCAGCGACUCCAGUGAAGACAUGGCUUUGUCCAGUGCUGCUGGUGAUGGUCUUUCGCAUGACAAGCCUAUGAUCAUUCUGUCGUCAGAUGUCAAUACAGACUUAGGCACAGCAAAUACCAUGGAUGCAUUUGAGGGCAUCUCUAAGACUUCUUUUGGGGGCAUCCAGAAUUCGUACAGAGAUUCUGCUUAUUUUUCUGAUAACGAUUCUGAACUAGAUAAGAAAUCUGAGGUUACAAAUACAUUGGCAGACACUCAAGUACGAACAGAGGGUGGUAUGUGCAGUGACUACUUUGAAAUAGAAGAGAAUAAAAAUGCUGAAAAUCGGUCAAGUGAUGAUCAAGUAGCCAGUGACCAGUUCACAAAGAACUCAUGCUUGCAGCUAGAGUUGGAGGAGAAGCUGGAGACCGCUGAAACAAAACAAGAGUGUCUUCAUAAAGGUGACAAUACAGCUUCAUUGCUACCUGUGGUAGAUCUAGAGCCUACUGAUGAAGAUGACAUUGAGAUCAUAUAUGAGGAUUCCCCCAGAAGUGUCUCUUGCACAGGCACUAACACAGCAGACUUCCUUCCUGAGAGAGAUCUAAAGCUCACCCCUAACUUGUAUGGCCCUGCUGAAGUGUUGGAAAAAUCCUUAGUGUGCCACUUUGAAGGUCAUAAUAAGUUGAAAGAGCCAGACAUUGAAGGAAAAUACCUUGGUAAACUUGAUGUUUCUGGGAUUCUUGAUCUGUCAGUGGAUGGGGAUGAUGCUGAUGAAGAAGAUGAGAACAGUGACGAUUCUGAGGAUGAUAUGAGAACUUUCCACUUGCAUGGACUUAGCUCUGACAGCGAUGAGGAAAUUGUCCAUCAAGUACCGGUGAUCCUUACUGAUAGGGAUGAUGGCAAACAUCUAAGGAGCUUGUUAAAACAUCUGAAGCCACCAGGGCAGAACAACCCUUCUGAAAACUUUAUGAAGAAUGAAAGGAAAGCAGUAACGUUCUUUGAUGAUGUCACAGUCUAUCUUUUCGAUCAGGAAACACCAACCAAAGAGCUCGGAAAUCGUGCUACCGAAUCAAACCACUCAGAUUCUGAUAACACUCCUGUUCCUGCUUCAGGCCCUGGUUACUUGAAUAAAUUUACAAAUUCAGAAAGUUCUACAGAUGAAGAAGGUGGAGGUUUUGAAUGGGACGACGACUUCUCUUCUCCAGAGCCCUCUUUCAUAGCAAAGGCAGCAAACAGCCUCAUUAGUUCCAAGCCUUCUCUUCAGACCUCAAAGUACUUCUCCCCACCACCACUGCCUCGAAGCUCUGAACAAAGCUGGUCGAAUCCUUUACCUUACUCCAGGUUCUCUAUCUCUCCAGCAAACAUUGCAAGCUUCUCGCUCACUCACCUUACGGAUUCUGAUAUUGAACAGGGAGGGAGCAGUGAAGAUGGAGAAAAAGACUGAAGCUUCUUCCCUUGGAGCAUGGUCAUCAUUUGGGGGGGGGGUCACU